GUGUGACACUAUACACAGGUGUGUCCCUGGGAAAAAAACGCCGUACCGACAGAUGAGUUCCACUCUCCAUGGUUCCACUCAGCCUCUGCUCCAUGGAAGAGUCACAUUCCCCACAGCGCGAAAACUGUACUUUCACAUGUGAACCACAACAACACGAGCCAUCAUGAAGUUCCACAGCAUGAAGAUGGAUGAGAUCAACAAGAUUAUCCGAGACCUAUGGUGCAGCACCUACAGAGGCCAAGACAUUGAGUACGUGGAGAUCAGGUCUGAUGUGGACGAAAACUCGUCCGCUGGAGUCAGGAGGGUUUACAACUACAGAGUAGUUAUGGUGAAAGGAGACACGGCUUUGGAUAUGAGAGGAUGCUGCAGUGCUGGUCAGAAGGUGUUGGCGUCCCUGAUCAUCCGUCUAGCUCUGCAAGAGACCUUCUGUCUGAACUGUGGGAUCCUGGCCCUAGAUGAGCCCACCACCAACUUGGACCAAGACAACAUUGAGUCACUCGCACACGCCCUCGUAGAAAUCAUCGAGAGUCGCUCUCGCCAGCGUAACUUCCAGCUUCUGAUCAUCACCCACGACGAGGGUCUUGUGGAGCUUCUGGGGCGAUCCAACUACAUUGAGCACUUCUACCGCAUCUGUAAGAACCAGGACCAGAACUCUGAGAUCACAAAGUGCAGCAUCAACUCCCUCUCGUCCUAUCUCCACUGAGCAGUCAAAUAAGUCCUUUGGAAAUACACAGUAAACCUUGAUCUUCUUGUUUAAACAUUACUUGGAUGAUCCCAAAUCAAAAACAUUUAAAAACAAACUUUAUACACUUUAAUAUAGUCUUGCACCAGUGUUUAUAUCCUUUAUACAGUGUCCAAUAGCCAUCUGCUGGCCAGCAGUGGCAACAGAAGGAUCUGUUCUGCUUAAAGAAUUUGGGGAAGUAUUGCACUUGGCAGUUAUAUUUCCAUGUUUGCCACUUUGUUUGCUCAAAACGUUCUGUCAUAAAAUCUCUGGUGAAGGA